AUGUCUGCCAUCCAGACUGAGCCAUCGCGGGUGCACCCGCGUCGCCGGCCCAUCUUAAACACUGCCCUUCCCACUCUGUCGAGUGACUCGCCUGACUCUAAGAUGCCCCUGAAGAAAGGAGAGACUUUCCAUACCCCCACUUCUCCUCCAUCGAGUGAUCGCGACCCUGUCUUGAACUUCCGCUCCCUACCUCAUCGCUCGGCCACUUCGUUGGAAGCCAUCGCUGUUGCUGAAGAGCGCAUGACUUCCAUCCUAGGCCGUCUGACUCUGGAACCUACCGAAGACCAGAAUUCGCAGGUCGCUGGCGGUGAGAGUCCUGUGGAGAGUGGGUUAGUGCGCAGUAACUCCAAGUCUAUGUCUAACUCUCCGCGUUCCUCAAAUGAAGAGGGCCGCAGCAUUCCCAUCCCACAAGACGAGAAAAAGACCCGUCAAGAGCAUAGCCACGAGUCCGACAGUGGACUAGGAACCUCUGUCAGUAGCGAAGAGGGGCUCACUGACUCGCAAAAUAAAGUGAAUGAUGGUAUUCACGACAAGCAAUCUGCCAUUACAAGCUCUAUUUCGGCUUUUGAUACUGGUUCGUCGCCAAAACGUCAAUUGGGCCCAGCCGCCUGCAAACAGAUUGAACGUUUUGUGCUUGUUCCUAUAUUGAAAGAGCCCCGAUUGAAACCAUUCCACCCACUGGUCCGAAGUGUUCCCCAGCGCAUCAUCAAUAAGCAGAUUGUUUGUUUGCGUGACCUCGAGAAAACCCUAUUGUGGUUGGCGCCGAACUCCGCCACUUCUCGGGAUUCUUAUCUCAACUUUUGCGAGUUUACAAUCCAGUGCUUGCAUACUUCGACUUCGCACCUCAACGAUCGUGAUCAACGACUACCGGCCGAUCGACCUUACACUAACGGAUACUUCCUUGACCUUGUUUCACAGGUUCGACGAUACGCAGCAAUGGUUCGUGCUGAACGCGAGCGAGUCCAGGCGACUCAGGGCUCUGAUUCUACCACGGAAUCUAAAUCUCCUACCAUCCCGAAGGCUACCCUGGCAGGUGGUCUCUCCCAGAAUGGGAAGCCUGCCGAACUUGUAAUCAUGCAAGACGGAAAGAAAAUUUCCAUGGCCACUGGAAAGCCCCACGAGGCGGAUGUUUCUGGUGCUGCCAAGCGUACUAUCAGCCUCGACGACGCGGUCGAUGAGGGCGUUCAGCGCUCUAUGGCCCGCCGCAAGAAGGAUGCUCCUCCCAUGAACAUCAAUCAAAAGUGCGCCGACUGCGACAAGGUCUUCAAGCGCCCCUGUGAUUUGACAAAGCAUGAGAAGACACACUCUCGCCCCUGGAAGUGCGAGUACUCUGACUGCAGUUACCACACCAAAGGUUGGCCCACCGAGAAAGAACGUGAUCGUCACAUGAACGAUAGGCAUUCGGACAAACCCACCCUCUUCAAGUGUCAAUUCCACAAGUGCCCCUAUGCUUCGAAGCGUGCAAGCAACUGCAAGCAGCACAUGGAAAAAUCCCAUGGAUGGGUUUAUGUUCGAUCCAAGAACAACGGCCGCAAUGGCAGCAAGCGAGGCUCUUCUGCCCAGGCCACUCCUCAGACUCCCAGUGUGUCUACUCCUGCUUCGAAGACGACCGACUUUGCCUCUCCAAUUCCUGGCCCUAGUCCUUCUCCCAGCGACCAGACCUACAACUGGCCUGAAAAUCCCCAGUUCAACUUUGCCGACCCCCCUGCGCUUGCCCAUGGGGAGGAUUUCCCCCUAUUCGGAGAAACAUCGCCCUAUCUGAUGACCGAUGUCAACUCGUUCCCGACUUCGGUGAACCUGAGCGGCUUCCAGAGUCAAUUUGAAGCCGGUGACCCGAACGGCUUGAUUCCGGCCCUGGAGAUUCAUCGCCAGUCCAUGAACUCCAUGUCUAUCCCAUCUGCCGAAUCAGUUCCCGACCUGAUGGGACCUGUGUCGUUCGAUGGAUCCCCGCUCACCGGUACUGAAAGCAUCAACUUCGACCUGGAUUGGAGCAACCUUGAGUACCCAACCAACGAGGACUACACUGCGAUGGCUGCACAGCUCCCCCAGGGUCAUUCCCUCGAGGUGAUGAAGGGCUAUUCGAAUGAUUACGAGCAAAUGAACCUCAACCACUGUUCCUACGAUGCCUCUGGAAAGCCCCCCGGCCUCUCUCCUGGUGCGCAGGGCAACGCUAUGUUGUACUCACCGGACUCUUGUAACGUCGGCGACACUCUUUCUGAGCGCUACGAAUAUGGACUCCAGGCCCAGGCGGGUAACGACUUCACCCUUUACAACCAGAGCGCUCAGAUGGGUCGCGGUGCUCAACCCAUGAUGCAAACUCCCAGCGACCACUCGGCUCAAUACCACCAGCCUCAGCAGCAGAUGUUCCCCUCUCUUGAGCAUGAGCGCGCUCUGCAGAGCAUGCAGCCCUGGAAUGGCCAGCAGCCUCAGGGUCACUACCUGCCUCGCGACAUGGAGCUGGAAUUCAUGAAGUAA